CAGCCAGUGGCGCGCGCCGACUCAUCCUUCACGGGGAACGCGCUUUCAUGGCACGAGCGCGCGCGAAGCGGUGUGCAGAUGUGUCGCAGAUUUUGUAAAGUCACUGGACGCGUGCUGAGGAAGUCGCUCCAGAUAAACCGGCCUCUGAAAGUGGGAGCAAACCGAAGAGGCGACAGAGAAGAGGAGAGGACGGAGCCGAGGCACGCGCCCUCAAUAGCAGUUUACCGUUAGCUUAGUUUGUGAGGGAGAAGGACGUUAGUUUGACAGUUAAAUCCCCACGGAGGAUUGGUGCGCACAAGCGAUGGAGCUCUCUGCCAUUGGAGAGCAAGUGUUUGCCGUGGAAUCAAUUCUGAAGAAAAGACUUCGAAAGGGUAAUGUGGAGUACCUGCUGAAGUGGAAAGGAUGGCCUCCGAAGUACAGCACCUGGGAACCUGAGGAGCACAUCCUGGACCGGCGCCUGGUGCAGGCGUUCGAGGACAAAGAAGAGAGAGACAGAGUCAUUGGCCACAGGAGGAAAGGGGCCAAGUCAAAACGACUCCUACUGCAGAACACCGUUUACACCAUGGAUCUCCGCAGCGCUCACAAGAUUCCCGCCAAGCCUCCCCCUCGCCUGCGUCUCUCUCUGACGCGCUCCCUGGUUCCUGACGAUGAGGAGGAUGAGGAUGAGGAAGACGCCUGCGUUCCUUCUCGAACGCAAGCAGCGCAUCGAAAGAGCAAGCAGAGCAGACGACUUAGCCUCCAGAGACCCUCACAAGAGGCCUGGGAGGAGGAGGACGAAGAAGAAGAGGAAGAGGAGGAUGAGAAAGAAGAAGAGGAGGAAGAGAAGAAGAACAGUGCAGAGGAUAGUGAACACAGAGAGGAAGAGGAGGCUGAGAUGGGAGAAGGUGUUUUUAUCGGACACAGGGGCCCAGAUACCUGGAGCACAGCAGUGGGGUCCUGCGGCGCGGCCGCGUCAGACAAACUGUGGCAACCCAUGGUGUGCCCAGGAGAGGUGACGGUCACAGACGUCACCCUCAACGCCCUCACAGUGACCUUCAGGGAGUCCAGAGCGGCCAGAGGAUUCUUCCGGGACUGGGGCCUGGAGGUGUGGGAGCAGGGUCAGGAGGGGUGCUGAUGCCUAUCUCCAGCUGUCAACGUCAAGUACACCCUGAACAGGUCACCAGUCCAUCACAGGGAGGGUUCUCCCACAUCCACUAAAUAAUGCAGAUCAAACUGUUAUCGUCACCAAGUUACCUAGAACAUGGAGAAAGAAUCAGCUUGUAACAGAGAAAGAUGUAGUCAGAAGAGGGAAUUUUAAGCAAAACAAUGUUUUUGUAUUUCCGGUGAACUGAGAACCCUCAGGGUCUAAAUGUAACCAAACUCUCGAGUUGUGUUCAUUUUUCUUUCCCCCUCCAUGGUUUCAGAUUCUGUAUCUAACAGUAAAGUGUGUCAAAUUUAACACCACAACAACCUCAAGGACCCAUUAGCUAUCUGAUGCUAAUGCGGAGCUGAUGAGGAGGAAAACUCAUCAGCUAGCACCUAGCUAACUUUUUAACAGCUAACUAGGUGCUAUAUUUGUAUUUCUUUACAUAAUGAUCAACAUACUUCAUUAAUUGAACAUUUAAUACCCAAUCCAACUUAUUUUGAAAGAAUAUUUUCUCACUUGAAAUUGUGUAAUUCAUAGCAAAAUAUUAGCUUAAAAUGCAGCCAUUUUAGACAUAAGGCGAAGAAAUGCACUUUCUAACAUAUCAGAUUGAAUCAGAGCUCUAAUGAUGAACUAGAAGGGAUCUGGGUGAGUCCAUGUGAAGAAGAGGAGUCCUCUGUGCAUGAAAACACAGCCACCGGUUCCUCUCUUCUACCCUAAUCUAACCAGGCUUUAUCCUGGACUCAGACAUGUUGUACAGUCCAAAACUGUAGUUUGUUGUACUCCAAACUACCUAAUCUGGUUUUGUAGCGUUUCAAAGUCUACUGAGAGACGAUUCGAUCUGCCCACAUGCCUCUCUCCUCUAACGCGACGCACAGCGUAGUUUCUCUCAACCACCCAGCUCUAUGUCAUGAAAACAUAAAGCAGAAGGCACAAACGGACCGAACUCUGAAACUAGAUGACAGAAUGUUAAACACAGUCACACUGGUGUGUGUCCAUCAGAGCUUUACCAGAAACUUUCAUUACAGUUUCAGAAUUUCAGCGUUACGAUUGUGUAACGUUACCAGGCUCAUGUAUUUGGUUUUAUCUGCUUUUUGCAGCUUUAGAU